UUGUGGGGCGACCGUGUGGUCAUCCCAACGGUCCUGCAACAACAGAUUUUGCAACGCCUUCAUGAAAGUCAUCCUGGGGUCAGUAGAAUGAAAGCUCUUGCUCUCAGUUUUGUUUGGUGGCCAGGGUUAGAUGCCGACAUUGAAGCCUGGGUUGCCAAAUGUGAGACAUGCCAACAGUCCCGGCCUUCUCCUCCUUCCUCUCCCUCCCGGGAAUGGGAGAUGCCUCGAGGGCCUUGGUCUAGGUUACAUAUUGAUUUCUCUGGUCCAUUCCAUGGGCAGGUUUUCCUUAUAGUUGUGGAUGCGUACUCUCGAUGGGUGGAAGUAUUGCUAAUGCACUCCACCACAUCUGACAGCACGGUGCGAGCUUUGCGAUGGUUGUUCGCAACCCAUGGGUUGCCAGACACAGUGGUGUCUGACAACGGCCCGCAAUUUACAGCCACAACUUUUCAAACUUUCCUGGCCGAACUAGGGGUACGACAUGCGCUGGUUGCCCCUUACCACCCGGCAAGCAAUGGCCGAGCGGAAAGGGCGGUUAGAUCGGCCAAGGAGGCUUUGGGC